UAUGUUGAGCUGUUUUAGAGGUGGUGGAUCAUUCGAUUUGGAUGGUGAUGGGAUGAAGAACGGAAGAUGGAUUGAUUUGAGUUAUGGAUUUAAGGGAGAUUAUUAAAUAACAUAUUAAGGUGAAUAUUUAAAAGGUAACAAAGUUGGAAGAUGGGAUAUUUAUAUAGAAAGCCGGAUGAGCAGGAUUUUAAAUAGAUGUGACUUAUAUUAUGUUACUUUUUUUUAAGUGAUGGUGGAUAAUAUAACGUGGUAGGUGAUGGGAUUAAUAUAGGAAGAUGGAUUGAACUGAUUGAAGUGUUUAAUACCUAUUCGUAAAUCAUUGAUGUUGGUUUAUAUGAAAAAGGCAAAAAAGUUGGAAUAUGGUUAAAAUAAGGCCUGAACUAUGG